GAAGACCAAUCUUUUAACUCAUUUGAUAACACUUUGGUUAAGCUCUAUUCAAUGUGAUUAGAAAAAGGGAAAAAAAAAACAAAUUCAAAGAGAUCCGACCACCGUUAAAAUUUUUGGAUUCAGAUGUCGGGCGGAGGAGCACCGUCGAGGUACGUCAAGUUGACAAAGGAACAAGCUCCGGUCGAUGAGGUUAAUCCCGGCGAACUCAAUCAACCGAUUCAGGUUCCUCAACUAGAUGUUUACAAAUGCCACGAGUGUGGCCAAACUUUGCCUGAAAAUUUUGAAGCUCCUGCAGAUGAGCCAUGGACUACCGGAAUAUUCGGGUGCACUGAGGACAUGGAUAGCUUUUGGCAAGGAUUCUUUUGCCCAAGUGUUCUGUUUGGACGUGUCUAUGAAACUCUGAGUGAGGAGGAAACCUCAUGGAAGAGAGCAUGUGUUUGCCAUUCGAUUGUAGUAGAAGGCGGUCUUACGGCCGCAUCCUUGCUUGUUUGUAUUCCCGGUAUAGAUCCACAUACCACGUUUCUUUUAUGGGAAGGCUUGUUCUUUGUUUGGUGGAUGUGUGGGAUUUACACUGGAAACGUCAGGCAAACUCUCCAGCGCAAAUAUCAUCUCCAGGACUCUCCUUGCGACCCGUGUAUGGUGCAUUGUUUCCUCCAUUUCUGUGCUGUUUGUCAAGCACACCGGGAGAUGAAGAACCGUCUUUCGGAUAACUUUGUGAUGCCAAUGACUGUGGUUAACCCGCCACCGGUUCAAGAGAUGAGUUCCUCUAACGACGGACACCACCAUGACUCUGUCCCUGUAUCACACCACAGCUCUGACCUCGUGAUGCGGCCUUUGUAGUGCAAAAAAUCCAAGGUCUUGUUUUGUAUGGACCUGAAGAUGCAUGAUUUAAUAAGGAUACUAUAUAGACCCACUUGGUUUGUUUAAAACUCAUCAAUAAUAGAGAGAUCCUUAUCACAA